AUAUACAUUGUGAGUCAACAGACUAACAGAAGUGAAUUGGAUUCGACGAGGUUGGAUCAUGUGAAUUUGGCCUUAAAAGUGUCACCAAAUCACUCACCCUCGCUCACUGCCCUCGCUCUCAACCGUAUCUGUGACACACACACGUGUCAAAAAUUCGUUGCUGACUCAGCAUUAAGAUUUCAAACACUUUAAUUCAAUAUGGCGACAGGCGUGAGCAAAAUGGACAUGCUUUGCAGAUACUAUCAAAAUGGUGUUUGUCGAAACGGCGAAAACUGUUGUUAUUCUCACGAUCGUAGGAACAAGCCAGACACUAUGUGCAAAUUCUACAUGCAAGGAAGUUGUACUUAUGGAUCAAGUUGUAAAUUUGAUCACAGUAAAGCUCACAGAACUGCGAGACAGAAUUCUGAGAAAUCCACGACAGUAUUGUCAAACGAAAAAUUGUUUAAAUAUUUAAACGAGGACUGUCCUUCUAAGUUAGUGCCACUGAACAAAACACAGGCCAAAGCAGAAGAAAAUGAAAAGAUAAAGAACUGGGUUGAUGCUCCUGUGUUUAUUCCAGGUCAAAAAUAUCAGUCUAGAAAUAAUACCUGUGUGGCACAGAAUGCAGUUCAAGACGAUGUAUCGUAUUCAGAAGCUGCAAAAACUGGAGUAGAGUUUACCUGUGUGGAUGAAAUAACUGAUGAAGAAGCGAGCUCAAUCUUGUGUCCAUUUGCUGCAAUGGGUUCUUGCAAAGAGGGAGAUAGUUGUUCGUUCCUUCAUGGUCUUCGUUGUGAUGUAUGUGACAAUUUUUGCCUUGAUCCUAACGAUCCUGAGCAGCAAAGAGAACACAGAGAGGAAUGUAUGAAAUGGCUUGAAGAAAACAUGAAAUAUUCUUUUGCUGUUCAGAAAAGUGAAGAAGUGUGUUGUGGGAUUUGCUUGGAUAAAAUUCGUUUGAAUCCAGAUUCAAAGGAUAAAAGAUUUGGAAUAUUACCUGAAUGUAAUCACCCGUUCUGUUUAACCUGCAUUCGAAAAUGGCGAAACUCGUCAAAGACUAAAGAUAAAUUUGUUAGAGCGUGUCCUUUGUGUAGAAUAUCUUCAGGCUUUGUUAUACCAAGUGAAGUUUGGGUUGAUGAUCCAAGUGAAAAGGAAAAACUUAUAACGACAUACAAAGAUGCGUUGAGUUCAAAACCUUGUAAAUACUUUGAUAAGGGUAAAGGAACAUGCCCGUUUGGCACGAGCUGUUUUUACAAACACGUGAACGCUGAUGGGACGAUAGCAAAAGUGAAAGUGCGAAGAUAUGAUAAUAGCGACGGAGAAAGUAGAAUUAUAAAUUCAUUAAGUAUAUGGGAAUUCAUUGAAGCAAGAGAUAGUAUUAGCUUGGAAGAAUUAUUGGAAAGUCUUUUGGAAUAGUUCGCGAACUUUGGAGUGUUUGAAUCAGUUUAAGUACAUUGAAACUGACAGAAGAAAUAUGUUUAGUUAGAUAACUUAUUGCACAAAAAAUUUACUCGACAAUCGAGACUCGCACAAAAAUUAUGAAAUAUAAAAAUUUAUAAAUCGUUAGA